UUUAUCAAGCUUUUCACGCUCUUAGUGCUUCAGAUGACCGCUUUGGCCAUCCUGGUAUUCCCCUUGCCUCUUGUUCUUCGUAAGAAGGCAUUCAUGAUCUACCAAAGGGCAUACGAUUCCAAGGAGUUACGAACCGUGGGGGUGGUGACAACAGUGCUGAUUGGUCUUCAGUUCAGUGAUUCUUUGAGAUCUUCUUGGAAGUGGCAUAGGGAGUACACUCAGAACCAUUCAAUGGUAACUUCAGCGGAUCUUUUGGCACGCCGUUUCUACAGCCAAAGAAACCUUUACAUUUCUGGUGCUAUCCUAUUCCUGACGUUGGCCAUUCCAACAGUCUUCAGCAUAGUGAGACGUCUGAUCAAGUACGAAGAGUUGAAGAGAAAAGCUAACGACCCAAAGGCCGUAGAGGAACGUGUGGAGCAACUAACGAAACAACUGGCCUCAAAGGACCUUGACCUUAAAACACUACAGAAACAAAAAAGUGGACUAGAAACAAGCUAUAAUAAGCUUGCCGAUCAGUUAAACGAGAAAGAGGGAGUGUUAUCUGAUAAAAAGAAAGAUUAG